GUCAUAUUCCCGCAGAGGCACGACGGCACCCGUUCGUCUUCAUCUCAACAUUUCCGGAAAAUACGAAUUUCAGUAGAAAUCAAAAGAGUAAAGUUGAUUAAGCUUCCUUCACCCCCAGAUUCUUCACUAAACCACUUGAUUAAUUUUCCUUUAUAAAACCCACACUUCCUUUUCACUCUCUUUGGCUUUUAAACCCAAACCCAAUCCCAAUUCCCCCAAAUCACAGACACAAACCCUAAAAUGGCAGACCCUUCUCGGCCCGUCACCGGCUACCCAGCCCCGCCCUACGCCCAGCCCUACCCCGCCAACAACGGCCAGCCCAACGGCUCCUACCCCAACUACCCAGUCUACCAGCGCGGCGGCCCCUACAACGCGUACACCGCACGCUCCGCCUUCCUCCGCCGCUUCGUCAUCGCCAUGGUCUUCCUCUUCGUCAUCAUCGGCUCCCUCCUCCUCAUGAUCUGGCUCAUCCUCCGCCCCAAGAUCCCCGACUUCCGAGUCGACUCCUUCACCGUCACCAACCUCAACGUCUCCUCCUCCCGCCAGUCCCUCACCGGCACCUGGUCCGUCGGCUUCGACGUCUUCAACCCCAACAAGAAGAUGACCAUCGAGUACGACGAGAUCGGCUCCUCCGUCUUCUACCGCUCCGGCUUCAUUUCCGAGACCCGAAUCCCGCCGUUCCGGCAGGGAAAGAGAGUCCGCAGCGCCGUGAACGCGACUUUCUCGGCGGCGAACUCGUUCGUCGACGAUAGGGUGGCGAGUGGGAUCGACGCGGACAGGGCGGCGCGUGGGGCGGUGAGUUUCAAUAUCAAGCUGCUGGCUAGGGUUCAGUUUCGGAAGGGCGGGUGGAGGCUGAGGCGGCGGCUGCUGAGGGUGCUGUGCCGUGACGUGCCGCUUACGAUUUCGAAUAAUGGGACCGGGACGAUGACCGGCGGAGGUAGAGAUUGCGGCGUUGCUGUAUGAGUGAGUGAUGCAUCUGUUCACUGGUUUUAUCUCUCACAGUUCUUACAUUUCUUCGAUUCUCACAGUUUCGAAAUGAGGCUAUUGAUAUUGAUAUGUAUGGUUAUAGGAGCAUGAGUUUUUACUAUUGAGAUUAGUAGCUUGAGAUUGAUGGGGUUAGGUUCAAUUGCUGUAUAGAGUUUAACUUCAAUUCUUUUGUUUGUUCUGUUCAGUAAUUUGAUAUUUCUGACCUUAUUAUUCUGAUUGUCAUUAGUUUAGGAUUAAGGUUAAUGCGAUAUUUUAAUGGUUAGUGACCCGACUUAUAGCAGGAUGGACUUUCGGUUGUU